GCACAGUGGGCACACACCUCGACUUCCUCCUUGACUUUUUCACUCGCCUUAGAGAAGCACAAGCUUAAUACAAAAAAAAUGGCCUUCGCUGGAGUGCUCGCUGAUGCUGAUGUGACUGCCGCUCUUGCUGCCUGUGAAGCUGCCGACAGCUUCAACUACAAGACCUUCUUCAGCAAGGUUGGCCUGUCCUCCAAAUCUGCCGAUGACGUCAAGAAGGCCUUUGCCAUCAUUGACCAGGACAACAGUGGCUUCAUUGAGGAGGAGGAGCUGAAGCUUUUCCUGCAGAACUUUAAGAGCGGUGCCAGGGCUCUGACUGACAAAGAAACCAAGGCCUUCCUGGCUGCUGGUGACAGUGAUAAUGAUGGCAAGAUCGGAGCUGAGGAGUUUGCUGCUCUUGUUAAGGCAUAAAUUUCCAUCUGACCAAGACCCUUCUCACUUCACGGAACCAGAACUCAAGAUCAUAUUUUUUAUAUGUUAUUUAUUUAUAAACUGUGAACUAUUAACUUGACAUCCAACAUGGUCCUUAUAAUGUGUUGCUAACAUUAUCUGGAUGUGUUUUAUAUCGAGCCUGUCGGCUUGUGCUAAUGUCUUUAAUGCACUUCUGGGGGAAGAGUGAAAAACAAGGAAUAAAUGUAGUUUUGGUGUAAAA